GUGUUGGUAAUUGGUCGCAAUUCUGAAUCCUCUCAAUUUACCUCGCGAAACAGUUUCCUUCCCUCCAACAAAUUCACAUUAAGUUGCUAUUCAGAUUUACUACUUUCCUCCCACUGUGGUCGAUUGCUCUACCAUCAACUGGUCGUGACUGCAAUCACCUGCUAUCUCUGCUAGUUUGGCAACAAGACGCUUGCAAGCACAUCUGUCCAAUAAACCUCACCACCCGGAGCAAUGACCGACCCAAGAAUACGACAAAUUAAGAUCAAAACCGGCGUAUUGAAGCGGCUAAUCAAGGAGGAGGCGUCAUACAGGACGGAGGCAAAUAAGCAAGAGGAGAAAAUUGAGCAGCUUAAGGCAGAAGCAGCCGACAAUUUCCUCAUCAAGCAACACACGGCCAGUUUGCAGGAGACUAUCAUGAUGAUCCCGGACAGCCGGCGUCGCAUGACCGUUGCCCGCGCUGACCUGCAGCAGCUACUGGAAGCCGAGGAGGAAUUAUCGGAGUCCGCCGAGUACCAGGAAGCCAAAAGUCUCUUGGACUCCGUCCCGUUGGAGGCUUCAUAGAUAUGGUAUAUUAGGCUAGAUGUCUUACGCGCGAGUUGAGUAUUUCAGUGGUGUCAAUAACAUGAAUAGCGCCAGUCAGAGAAGUUCUGACUUAAGAUGGCCACCAGUUAGCUACACUGCCAACUCUGCCUUAAGACAUCUUGCCUUUAUAUAUGUAUUUAUCAAUUGGAGAGAUGAUGCCCAAGUUGUCAUCAUAAGCUCAUGUCAAACUAUUCAUUCCUUUGUUUUUUGCAUAUGGAGGAGGGUGGGGACACACCAUUCUUUACACUGCCGUUGCAUACUUUUUUUUUUGUUGUCGGCAAAUUAUCUUGUGUUGAUGACGUCAAUACACCGCAGACUGACUUGAACAAUCUCUUGUCUGUCUGGUUCUUUGCAACAUCUCAUCAUUGAUAGCAAUGUGAAAAACCUUUCGAAACGAAUUUGGAGGGGUUUUUAGCGGCAUAAUUGAAGGGAGUGGUCAUUAAGUGAUGACCAUAGACAUUCAGUCAGUCCAGACCCAAUAGUAAUUGGACGUUUAUCGCCGUCAAUGGCAAUGAAACAUCAGUGACAGUGAAAGAUUUAUCAUUAAAAUCAUGCUAAUAAUUGAUUAAUUGUUUGAGUAGUUUUGUUAUUCAUUCAAUUUUUAACCCUUACGGUAACAGUAGUUGGCAGGCCAUGGCAUUGACUGGAUGAGUCAUCUUGGAAAAUGACAAACAUUUUCAAUUGAAGGGAUAAGAAAGCUGUCUAAAAUUUCAAUGUAAACUUGUCCAUUUAUUGAAGAUUUAACCACAGCCAUCUCCCCAGUGCCUUUGCCUGACAUGCAGCCCCAUAUCAUCAAGGACUGAGGGAAUUUUGAUGUUUUCUUCAGGCAGUCACCUUUGUAAAUCUCACUGGAACAGCACCAAACCAAAGUUCCAGCAUCAUCACCUUGUCCAAUGCAGGUUCUUGACACCUUGUCCAAUGCAGAUUCUUGACAAGAGCCAAGAUCUAAACCCUAUUGAAAACCUGUGGUGGAAAUUGAAAAAAAAUGGUCCACAGCAAGGCUCCAACCUGCAAGGAUGAUCUGGCAACUGCGAUCAAAGAGAGUUGGCACCAAAUUGAUGAAGAAUACUCAUCAGGUCCAUGCCUCAGAGACUGCAAGCUGUCAUAAAAGCCAGAGGUGGUGCUACUAAAUACUAGAGAUGUAUUUUGAUUGUUAUUUCUUUGUUUGUUUCUAAUGAUUCAAUAUAUUUUUCCUCAGAAUGGAGUGAGUCGAUAUUUAUUUCCCUGCACUUCCUCUAUAAAAGUAACAUUUACUGACCACCACAAUGUUUUUUAUUCAUUUCUUUUAGUGUUUCUAAAUGCUAGAGAGUUGCACUUUUGAACUAAUUCAUUAUUUUUUCCAAGCUUAUUAUCUUAGAUUGUUCUACAUGAUAAAAUUACUAAGUGAGUGCUCGUCCAUAUCUAUGAAGAAUUCUGGAUAUUUAAGCAUUUUGUUCACAAAAAUUUUCACCGGAAAAGCUUUCUGUCUACAUCAGGCGGCCGCUAGCCUCGUUCACUACAACUACAGUGGGGCAUAUAAGUAU